AUGGCAGGUGACUCAGAGGUUCUGGAGUAUUUUCUUUCGUGCCAAAUCUGCUCCUCCACCUUCACUGACCCUGUGUCCCUGGAAUGCAAUCACAGCUUUUGUAAGAUGUGUUUGUGUGCGUUCUGGGACCAGGACGACAACAGAAGAUGCCCAGUCUGUGAACGGUCGGCCUCCAGUGACAUGCCACAGGUCAAUUUGACCUUGAAGGGCCUCGCGGAUGUAUUUGCUGGGAGGAUUCAAGAAAACGGCAAUGCGGAGACGAAGCAGGAAGUGUUGUGCCGUGUGCACAUGGUGAAACCGACGUGGUUUUGCAUAAGUGAGGACAAACUGGUUUGUGAGGGGUGUGAGAGCAUCACUGCCCACGCGGGACACAAGCUCAAGCUUCUUCAAGAGAUUGUAGAGGAUUUGAAGCAAACUAUUACUCUGGACCUGAUCCCAUUGAAGAAGCAGGCGCAAGAAAGCAAAGAUGUUGAGGACACGUAUGUGCAUAUGGAAAAGCACUUGACGACCCAGCGUGCACGGGUUGAGAAGAAGAUCAAGGAAGAGUUUGAGCAGCUUCAUCAGUUCCUGAGAGAGGAAGAGGAGGCCAGGCUGACUGCAGUGAGGGAGGAGGCCGAGAGGAAGAUGAUGAUCAUUGAAAGAGAGCUGAAGAUCAUCCGGGGACAGAUCCAUGCUCAGACAAAGGCUAUCUGCCGUGUGGAAGUUGACCUGAAACAAGAUAACGCGUCAUUUUAUCAGGACUACAGUCGUACCAAGGCAAGAGUCCAGUGCAAACUGCAGGACCCAUAUGUGUUCUCUGGGGCUAUGCUAGAUGUCGCCGAACACCUGGGAAACCUCAAGUUCAACGUCGGGAAGAAGAUUGUAGAGACGAUGGAUUACUACCCGGUGAUCCUUGACCCCAACACAGCAGAUGGCUGGCUCAGUGUGUCUGAGGACAUGACAACAGUGACGGAGAUAAGAACCAAACAGGAUGUUCCAGACAACCCAGAGCGCUUCACAAAGUACAUCUACGUACUGGGCUCGGAGGGCUACGACUCAGGCGAACACUGCUGGGAAGUGCAGGUGGGGGACAGAGACCGCUGGAGUCUGGGUGUGGCCAACGAGUCCAUCGAAAGGAAGGAGGAGACGUUCCUGGAGCCAAAGUUUGGAUUCUGGACAAUCUGGAUGGAUGAGUUUAAGUGCACUGUAGGCGGCAUACACAUUGAGCUGGAGAAGAGACCGGAAAGGAUCAGAAUCCAACUGGAUUAUGGGAAAGGACUGCUGUCCUUCUACGACGCCGAUGACAUGACACAUAUUCACACAUACAAACCCACUUUCACAGAGAAGAUCUACCCAUUCUUUAGCACAGAGACAGAUGAAAGUACGACAGGCAUCCAGAUAAGCCCAUUCAAAAUGUCCUUGAUUGCAACCCCAUAGUUGCAAAGCAUGCUGAGGUGUCUAAAGGCACUAAUUACUUUCUAUCAGUAAUACUGUGGUUUGCAGGAUUGUGUGUUUACUGUGUUGCCUGUCUAUCUGUCUAUCUGUCUGUCCAUAUCCACAACUUAUACAAUUCCCAGGUCACUCUACCUGAGUUUGGCAACAAAUAUGAAGUUUAACUACUAACCUCAAAAUAAUAAUAUUUGCUGAGCUGGCACAAGGUAAUGGAGUCAGGCUCAUUAAGUACAGUAUUACUGACAAGGCCCUGAGUCUCCUACUCUUCACUGGCCUGUUAGUGCCCCUUACAGGCUGAGUUACACACACACACCCAACGCACCGCACACCAAAGGUAAUAUGGCAUACAGAUACACUAACACUGGUGGGCUAAACUAAGAUACACACUGACCAAAUGGUUACAUUUACACACAGUAACAGUGCCGAGUGCAGAUGCAGAAUUCCGUUAAUCCAGAGUGAUACAGCACUGUGGGGUGAAAAUAUUUACAUUCUGGUCAUUCACAGCACACAGUAGCCUAUACAAUCCUCUUGUACACAACAAUACCUGUAAUUCAUUUACUUACACAGCAUAUAAGUUAUAUGAUGUGGAGUUACCCUUGGCGGUAUCUAAGGAAGCACAGGAUAGGUGUCUUUUUUCGGUAUCAUUCUUAAUUAUGUUAUGUCACAUUCUGUGAUGUUAAUGACAUACAUUUCUUCAUGAUAAUAUACUUUUUUUUUA